AUGGAUUAUCCGAGGAGUAUAUCCUUGAGGUUCGAAAGAUCUUCAACGUUUCAAUCUCUAAAUGGGAAUCUCGAGAAUGUUAGAGGAAGCUUCAAGAGGGUUUACGACAAAAUGACAACCCUUGAAAACUGGAUAAAGACUGUUCUGUUUGUUUGUGUGGUUGCUUUAGCUAUUGAUCCUCUGUUUUUCUUUAUCCCUGUGAUUGAUUCUCAAAGAUUCUGUUUUACUUUGGACAAGAAGCUUGGAGUAGCAAUUUGUGUUCUUCGUACUUUUAUUGACACAUUCUAUGUGAUUCACAUCAUUUUUCAUCUUCUGACCGGACUCAUUGCUCCUCGUUAUCAAAUAUCUUUACGAGGAGAGAUUGUCGUGCAUUCUGAUCCUGUAAGGGAAAGACUUCCCCUCUUUUACUUGAUUGUUGACAUUGUUUCUGUUCUUCCAAUUCCUCAGGUGGUGGUUCUUGUUCUCAUUCAAAGAAAGCAACAAACUGGCUCACUGGUGACAAAGGAGAUACUUAAAUGGGUUAUGUUCUGUCAAUAUAUACCGAGAAGCAUCCGUAUCUAUCCUGUUUUUAAAGAAGUGACUAGAGAUUCUGGUACGGUCGCUGAAACAAAGUGGAUAGGAGCUGCUUUAAACCUUUUCAUAUACUUGCUCUCGAGUCAUGUGUUUGGAGCGUUCUGGUACUUGAUUGCUGUAGAAACGAGAGACAAAUGUUGGCGUGACGUGUGUGCUAAUAAACCUGGAUGCAAUCUCAAUAAUCAGUAUUGUAGUAGACGAGGCGGUGGAGACAAUGCUCUUUUUCUCAACACUUCAUGUCUGUUAAUCGAACCUGAUGAAAUCACAAACUCUACAGUGUUCAACUUUGGUGUGUACAUUAAUGCAUUGAAGUCUAGGGUGGUAGAGUCGAGAGAUUUUCCAAGGAAGUUCUUUUAUUGCUUUUGGUGGGGUCUUCGAAAUCUUAGUGCUUUAGGACAAAACUUGGAGACAAGUAACUCUGUAGGUGAGAUUGUUUUUGCAAUCAUCAUAUGUGUCUCUGGUCUACUCUUGUUUGCUGUGCUCAUUGGAAACGUUCAGAAGUACUUGCAAUCAACUACGAUUAGAGUAGAUGAAAUGGAGGAGAAAAAGAGAGACACGGAGAAAUGGAUGUCACAUCGGAUGCUACCAGAGCAUGUGAAGGAACGCAUUAGGAGAUACGAGGAUAACAAAUGGCGAGAAACACGAGGUAUCGAAGAGGAAGCUUUUCUUCGUAGCCUUCCAAAAGACCUCAGACUCGAAACCAAACACCAUCUUAACAAGAGAGACGCAGAAAAAUGGAUGUCCUAUCGGAUGCUACCAGAGUAUCUAAAAGAUCGUAUUAGGACAUACGAGGAUUACAAAUGGCGAGAAACAAGAGGCAUCGAAGAAGAGGAGGCUCUUCUUCGUAGCCUUCCAAAAGACCUCAGACUCGAGACCAAGCACCAUCUUUACAAGAAUAUGCUAAAGCGUGUUCCUUGGGUCAGCAUCAUGGGUGAUGGUUGGCUACUAGAAGCAUUGUGCGACCGCGUGAAUUAUGUGUUCUACUCGGCGAAUAGUUUCAUAGUGAAAGAGGGUGCCCCGGUCGAGGAAAUGCUGAUUGUAACGAGAGGCAAACUGGAAAGUGUGACCGGAUUUAGUGAAAUAAAUGGCUACUACGAUUCAUUUUACCUCGGACCAGGUGAUAUAUGUGGUGAUCUUCUAAAUUGGGUUCUUGAUCCACAUCUUUCUUCUCGCCUCCCUACUUCAAACAGAACAAUAGUGACCCUGACCGAUGUCGAAGGCUUUGUUCUCUUGCCUGAUGAUUUCAAGUUUGUAGCUUCUUAUAUCAAUAGCUCUGAUAACAAGAAGUUCAAACACAUUUUCAGGUUCUAUUCACAGCAAUGGCGAACAUGGGCGACAUGCUUCAUACAAGCAGCAUGGAGGAAACAUUGCAAACGAAAGCUUUCUAAGAUCUUACAUACAGAUCGAGACAAUACGCAAAUUCCACAAGGCACACAACUCAACAACCUUGGAGAUGUGUCGAGAUUUGUCUCCAAACCAUUGCGAAAUCGAAAGGAAAAUGCAGCAGGUUGUUCAAGCUCUCCACAUAUGUUACCUCAAAAACCAGCUGAUCCCGAGUUUUCCAAGGAUGAAUGA